AUGGGCCAAACUCUGAGACCGUUCCAUUCGGCCGAGCUUCAAAGAGUUAAGGCCUGCGGCGUUUUCGACUACACUCCACAGCCUCAGGAGGAAAUGCUCCAACUGGAUACUGACGUCGACCAAAAAGGAAACACUACUGUGGCUCACGUCUUUCGGAGAACGAGGUAGGGAUACUGUAGUAUUAAAUUGUGUUAUGAAAUAGUCUACUGUAGAUUUUUCGUAGUUUAAGUGUGUUGUGUCGUUGGAGUGUGGUUUAAUAAAGAGUUACUGUAAAAGUCCAAUUUGAAGGUAAACGGAUCAAUAUGAAUGUCUGAUACGUAUAUCUUGCUAUAGUAUGAUUUUCCAGAGAGGUGUACGGUCAAACACCUAAAGACAUGAAGAAUAAAAAAGUAGAUUGGAGUGAGUACAUUACUCCUUUGAAGAACCGACCUUCUCCCUAUGACUUCCCAGCGUUUGAGCAUGAAGAACGUCCGAAAGGUAAGAUUUGAACGAAAAAAUGGUAUUAUACUACUAUUAUACUUAAAAAAGAAACUUUUAGUUUAUACUGACAAAUUAUAAGCUUCUCAAAAUUUAUAAAACUGUAUGUUGAUAAUGACGCCAAAUUACAGGAAAAGACAAGACUUCGCACGAAAAGAGCAAGGAAAGAAGUAAAGAGGGCAAGAAGGACAAGACCAAGUCCGUCUCCAACAAGGAGGGUACCAAAGAACACACCAAGGAGGAAGCCAAGCCAAAGUCCAAGGAGGUUCACGACAAGUCGGGCAACAAGUCUGCGGCUUCUGGAGGAAAGAAGGGCGGUGGCAAGAAGAAGCCUCGUGUCUCUCACAACAAAGACCUGGAUCACUGUAGUUUAGAAGAUUAA